AUGGCUGUAGAGGUGGGCUCGCUGGAGGACCCCGCGCAUUUCCAGGGAUUGGCGCACUUCUGCGAGCACAUGGUGUUUCUGGGUUCCAAGAAGUACCCAGAGGAGGACACAUUCUCGAACCGGUUGGCAUUCUUCGGUGGCCAGAGCAAUGCUUACACGGCUAGUGAUCAGACAGUUUACUAUGCGGAGGUGAGUGACGCAGGCUUCCAGGAGACUUUUGACAUAUUUGCACAGUUUUUCGUUGAGCCAACCUUUGCCGAUGACAUGGUAGACAAAGAGAUCAAUGCUGUGGAUUCUGAGCACAAAAAGAACAUGCCUGAUACGACGUGGAGGUUAUUUCAUUUAUUGAAGUCACGCGCAAAUCCGUUGAGCCCGGUAAGCCAGUUCUCCACUGGUAACCUGAAGACGCUGAAAACCGAUCCGGAGCAGGAGGGGAGAAGCCUUCCAGAAGCACUGAAGCAAUUUCACAAGGAGCAUUACUGCACAUCUCGAAUGCACCUUGUGAUCAUGCAAAAUUCUACCGUGGCGCAGCAGCUGGACGCCGUCCACAAGAGUUUUGAUAUCCUCAACAAGAGGCCCAAAACUUGUCAGCCGCGGCCUACAUAUGACAACAUUACUAUGUACAGCCAGGAGUUGGGCAAUCUUGGCAGGAAAUUCACGGUACACACGGAUGGGGCCCCGCAGCUCUGGCUGCUUUUCCCGAUAGUGUCUCUCAGAGGCAAGUACAAGGAGCAACCCGAAGCUUACAUUCACUAUGCGAUGAAUCAUUACGGCCAAGGUGGUCUCAAAGCUUUGCUGAAGCGUGAAGAGCUCUCACUGAGCUAUUCCACUAUGGUUGAGACAUCUGCUGCAGGCACCACUUUGAUGGUCAGUUUUUCGCUGACAGAACGAGGGGUCAAGGAAUCAGACCUGAUCCUGGAAUAUUUCUUUGCUUAUUUCAACACGGUUCGCAAGCAUGGCGUCGACAAGGAUAUUCUUGAUAAGAUCCAGUUGCUGAAUCAGGUUAUGUUUGAUUAUCAGGACCGUUCUGGGUCCGAGUCUGGUUACGUGACAUCUUUGGCAGGAUCCCUGCCAAAUGUGGAGCCGCAGGAUGUACUCACUGCUGGCUCGUUGAUCGACAAAAUUGACUUAAACCUCACAAGCCAGUUGCUGAAAAGCAUUGCCCCGAGGAAUGUGAAUGUUGCGUUGGUUACUCCUCAGGUCCCUUCAAGAGAUGUUGCCGCACACCAACGGCACGAGCAGUACUAUGAUUUCAACUAUCUGGAGGAGGCUUUGGACGAGGCAUUGUUACAAAGGCUGGAGGUGGCAGCUGGCUUUGGACUUCAACAGCCUCCCGCAUUAUCAUAUGUGCCGACCAACUUGAAGUUGAUCAGUGGCUCAGUGCCACGCAGCCUCCCUGAAAAGCUGCUGAAGGAGGGCAUGGACCUGUGGUGGUUGGGCCGUGGGGCUUUUGCUCUACCGAAAGCACAGGUUCAGAUCAAGCUGGCGUAUCCACGAUCAGCGACAAAGAGUGCAGCUAGGGCUGUCCUAGCCGCUAUGCAUUCUCGUCUUGUCCAGCUGGUGCUCGAAGAGCCCUCCGAUGCGUUUCAGAUGUGUGGCCUCAGCUAUGGCGUCACAACCGGGCAUGAUGGUCUCAGUAUCUCUUUCUUUGGGUUCAAUGAGCAUCUUCUGCAGCUCAUACGGCUCGUUAUUCCGAAAGUAAGGAACCCGGAAGUUUCGCAGAAGGAAUUUGAGAUGGCGCGUCGUCAGAUGGUGUUAGAUUUGUCGGAUGUCACAGGGCAACAGCCCUAUCAACAUGCCAUGGAAGCCUUCGACAUCGUAACUGUAAGCGACGCACAUUCUAGAAAGGAUUUGCUCAAAGCAGCCAGCGACUCGUGGAUCGUGAGCGUUUCAGAGUACGAGGCAAUGUUGAGAGAUAUGUUCGCUAAUCCGAAGCUUACAAUACUAGUUUCUGGAAACCUGGGUCGUGCUGAGGCACUUCAUGUGGCAGAUGAGGUGCAGGAGAUCCUUACUAGGAAGCAUGAAGCCCAUGGGAUUUUGGAAAGGAUAUGGUUGUAUUUUGCAAGCCUUUUGCACUGGAGAUCAGCAACUAGCGUCCCGGCCAUUGGCGAAGAUUAUCCACGUGUGCUGAACCCCCAGAAAGAUGUGGAGAUUCGCGUUGGCAAUCCAAUCCCGGGCGACCCAAACUCAGCGACAAUUGUGGCAUACCAGUUUGGCGUGCCAUCCUUGGCUGAUCGUGUUCGCUUCAGCUUAAUCUCGAGCAUUAUCGAGUGGCCAGUGUUUCAAGUCCUGCGAACUGAACAUCAGCUGGGCUAUGUCGUGUUUGGCUUUACCACUACCCAUCUGGACAUUUUAGAGAUACGCGUUCUCGUUCAAGGCUUCCGCCAGCCUCCGGACAAUGUUGAAGAGCUCAUCGAGUCUGCCGUCUGGAAUCUUACAGAUACCUUCGCAUCCCUCAGCAAAGAGGAAUUCAACGUGAGAAAAGCUAGCCUCCGGAGGGAGCUUCAAAGGCCACCAGCAAAUCUCGCAGAGUUUGCUGGCCGAUUCUGGGGUCAAAUCUGGGAUGAGACCUAUUGCUUCGACAAGAUGGACAAAGAACUCAAGUUUUUGGACAGCGCAGAUUUUGAAAGCCCAGCAUCAUUGCUGGAGGUGUGGAAGAACACAACGCAAUCUACCAAGACCAGCAAUCGAAAGAAGCUGACGGUAAAGCUGUUUGGCGCUGAGCAGAAGACGGGAGCAGCUUCCGUUCCCGAUGCUAGCGCUCGCCAGGACCUACAUGUUGUUACGGAUGUGGAGCAUCCUGGAAUGGAGGACGCUUGCUACAUGCUCGAGCUAUGUGCUUUAGCUAGGCGCCUGAAGACCUGCCUUCUGGAAGCCGGAGAGGUUGUGUACUUGUCGCGCGCUGAGUGGAUGUGUCAACAAAUGGUCGGUGAGUUCUCGGUUGGCGUGGGCUACAUUGGUGCCCUGGACCAUCUGCCGAAGGUAAGCUGGGCGGCCGCUUUUGGCAACAAGUCUGCUUUGAAAGAGGCAGUGGAGGCAUUCGGCGAUACGCUUGCAGCCAUCUCUGCGAAAGACAGGGAGGGCAAGCAGCCGUUGCAUUGGGCAGCUCACAGGGGGCAUCGGCGCAUGGUGAGGGAGCUCAUCCAGCUGCGUGCGGACACAGACAGCAAAGACAAUCACGGCGCCAGGCCUUCCCACCUGGCCGCUUUUGAAGGGAAGGAACGGGCAUUGCGAGCGCUUUUGGAGGAUCACCGCCGGCAGGCGUUAGCGCGUACUGACGGUGGAGCUGAACCCCUUCACCUCGCAGCUACACGAGGUCACACUUCGGUUGCCAAGCUGCUGCUUGCGAAGAAGGCUUCCCCAUCAGCUCGUGACAACAAGGGCGCAGAGCCUCUUCACAUGGCAGCGUACGAAGGUCACCUUUCCAUGGUGGAUCUUCUUUUGGCCAGCCGAGCUGCUCCGAAUGCGGGCUCCGAUGAUGGCACUGAGCCAGCGAAGCUGGCCCUCGCGCGAGGGCAUAAGGAAUUGGCGCAGAAGCUUCGCAAUGUCACCCCCCAACGACCGCAGGGCGGCCGUAAGGGGUUGGGACCGCUGCAUGAAGAGUUCUGA